AUGGACAGAUAUGUCGGAGAUUUCUGUUGCCACGUGCGAGCCCGAGCCGUGCGUGAAUUCCCGGCUCGGUUUAAACGAGAUAACACCGGGCCCCGGGGAACUGGGGUAGGGCUGCCUACCAAGCUACGGCUGACAGUAAGUCCUUUUGUGAUCAACAAGGCAUUAGUCGGAGCAGGCGGUUCGCCGUUAUCGGUCAGGAAACUUCGUAACGGAACUAUCCUGGUUGAGGCGGUGAACGCUCUACAAGCUCAGAAGUUCCUCUCCAUGAAAAAUUUUUACGAUCAGGUAGAAAUUACUGUACAGCCUCAUGAAUCGCUAAAUUCCAGUAAAGGAAUAGUUUUCAGUCGCGAGAUGCUGUGUUGCUCAGAAGCGGAACUGAAGGAAGAGUUAAAGGAUUCUCUCGUCACUGAUGUGGCUGCUUCUGCUCCUCCAGCCCAGCCCGCACAGUGCUCCUCCUGCUCCGCUCUAGAGGGCAUGGUACGAGAACUCACUCAACAGGUUGUUGCCUUGGUGCAGCAGUUGAGUGCCAAGGCCUUGCCGCAAACACAAGCGAGUAGUCAUACGACUUCUGCCCCCGUAGCAAAAGGACCCCCUAAACAAACAGGAACCAUUCCCAGGCCAGUAUCUGUGUCUGUGGCACCCGCUAAAGGAAAAGAACGACCAUAUGUCCAUUCCAAAACGGCGGAGGAAAGAAAGUCUCUCCAAGAGAGACUUAAAACCCAAAUCCGAACGAAAGCUCAGGCGAGAUCAAAGGGAAGCACUGGUUCACCCCCCACUCCCUGCUCCUCUCAACUUUCCAUAGUUGAUGAGAAUGAGAUGGGGGAUGACCUUCUGCUUCGAUCGGAAUUUGAAACAACCCAAGACAUACUACUCAACAAUCCAAAUCCAUAUCCCUUAAAUAUAAGUUUAUCGAUGCAGGAGUUGGACUCCGCACUGUCAUUUACUUCCAACUCUGCUCCUGGUCCGGAUGACGUGCACUAUGCCAUGCUUAGACAUUUACCCUCAGAGGGUAAGGGCGCCCUCUUAUCGCUCUACAAUAGAGUGUUUGAGGGACAAACUUUCCCGCUAGCUUGGCGUAAAUCCCACGUCAUCCCCUUAUACAAACCGGGACAGGACAAACUAUCUCCGUCUCGCUACCGGCCCAUCUCGCUUACCAGCUGCCUUUCUAAGGUGUUGGAGCGGAUGGUAAACCGUAGACUAAUCUGGUUCCUCGAAAAGAACAAUCUCCUUUCGAGAGAGCAAUGCGGCUUUCGCCAAGGACGAUCGACGUUGGACCUCAUGGUUUCCCUUGAGACAACCAUACGUGACGCAUUCCUUGAGCGAAAGCAAGUAGUCGCUGUCUUUUUUGAUCUGGAAAAGGCAUAUGACACAGCGUGGCGGAGAGGCAUCAUUAACACUUUCCAGGCAUGGGGAGUGAGUGGUAAUAUGCUGGCUUUCAUUCAGGGGUUCAUGUCUGACCGUACAUUUCAGGUUAGACUAGGGACAAACCUAUCAAGCACAAGCAAUCUGGAGAACGGGGUACCACAGGGAAGCGUUUUGAGCUGCACGUUAUUCGACGUCGCCAUAAACGGCAUAACGGCGUGUGUUCGCCGUCCUGUGCGCUGUUCUUUGUUUGUGGACGACUUCGCCGUUUACGUCUCUGCAAGAAGACUUGCUACGGCGGAGCGUUCCCUGCAGCUAACCAUAAGGCGACUGGAGGAAUGGAGUAGGCGGACGGGAUUUUCGUUCUCUACUUCCAAAACCCAAUGUAUAACGUUCUCCAGACUAAGAAACUAUUUAGAACCGACACUUACCUUGAACAGAUCCCGAAUAACAUCAAGUCGGAAUGUGAGAUUCUUGGGUCUUACAUUUGAUUCCCGACUUACAUGGAUCCCUCACUUAAAAUCUCUCAAGGCAAAAUGUUUACAAAGGCUAAAUAUGCUUCGAGUUCUUACUGGGACCAAGUGGGGCGCGGACAGGACAUGUAUGCUGCGUUUCUACAAAGCUUUUGUCCGUUCGUGCCUUGACUAUGGUUCUCAGGUUUAUUCUUCUGCCCGGCCAAGCGCGUUAGGAAUGCUUGACUCGAUUCACCACUCUGCGAUCAGGUUGGCUACUGGAGCUUUUCGUUCAAGCCCUUCAUCUAGCUUAUUAGCGGAGGCUAGUGAACCAAUGCUGGAUAUGAGACGCAAGCAACUUGUCAUAAAUUAUUUUCACUCCCUUAAAGCCAAGCCCGAAAAUCCGGCAUAUGAACACGUAUUUGAAAGUGACUUACUCGAAGUCUGUGCCAAUCGCCCUAACAUCUCAGCUCCCCUUGGAGUAAGGGCUAAAGUGCUCCUCUCGGACCUUGGUAUCGAGGAGUACCAAGUAAGUCAAUGCUACCAGAGUGAUAUUCCUCCCUGGUUAGUAUUAAGUCCCGAAGUUGUCCUGUCACUUCACAAGUACAAGAAAGGAAGCACUUCUAAUUUAGUGUUCACGCAGGCUUUCCGGGAACUCUUGAGUGCUCGGGCACCUUGCGACAUAAUUUAUACUGAUGGAUCUAGGUCGGAGGAUGGCGCCGGAUGUGCGUUCAUAACGGCGAGUCGUGAGUAUAGAUUCUGUCUGCCCUCUGUAGCGUCAGUCUACACGGCAGAACUGACCGCUAUUUUUAAAGCAUUGAACAUCGUCUGCCCCAGGACCAGAAGGCUGGUCAUCUGCUCCGACUCGCUUAGUAGUCUGCAAGCAAUCAAGGACAUGUAUCCAAAACAUGUCCUUGUGCGCGACAUCCGAUGUGCCAUUCACAGACUUCAAGUCCAAAAUAUACAGGUUGUUCUGGUGUGGGUGCCCGGUCACGCGGGAAUUCCCGGAAAUGAGCUUGCCGACAGGGCUGCUGGGAGUGCUCAUGAGCUUCCUCCUUUUACUGCUAUGGUGGCAGGGUCAGACCUAAAGCCAAUGGUGAAGGAGAAGUUAAGACGAGUUUGGGGUGACUCUUGGUCUCGGACGGUGUGCAACAAACUGAGAGCCAUAAAACACACAGUAGCUCCCUGGGGGACAGCCAUCCGCGAGAACCGCAGAGAGGAAGUAGUGUUGUGUCGGUUGCGAAUCGGUCACACGCUGCUGACUCACGGGUACCUCAUGAGCCGCGGGGAUCCCCCGGAGUGUGCGUUUUGUGGAGUGGCUCUGAGUGUCGAGCAUAUUUUGGUCGAAUGCCGUGAUUAUACAAUGCAAAGACGAUCUUGUCAGCUCCCAGCAAGUCUAUUCGAUCUGUUGGGGGAUGAUGAGUCAGUUAUUGUAAAACUUUUUGAAUUCUUAAGAAGAACGAGUCUUAUCUCAAAGAUUUGA